GCUCCUUUGGUUGUGUUGCUGGCUAGUGCCGAAAGACAACAACGCGACGAGAGGCAACGACGCGACGCGUUCGGCAUGUCCGAAGAAGAGUUUCGGAGACAUUUUAGGCUCUCCAAAGACAUAGUGCGACGUCUGUGUGAUGAGCUCGAAGGACAUCUUGGACCUCGAAGAUUUCGUGGUGUUGACACUACAAUGAAAGUGCUGUGCGCGCUGCGGUUUUUUGCCACCGGCAGCUUUCAGCAGUGCGUCGGAAAUGAGGAAGCGAUUACACUGUCGCAGCCUUCCGUCAGCCGAAUCAUCACAGCCGUCGCCAAAGCCAUUACGGUUGUCGGCAAGGAGAAAGGAUGGGUGAGAUUUCCAUCCACGGCGCAACAGAAAGCCGCCGUCAAGGAAGGCUUUCUUAGCCGUGGGAAAAUCCCAGGAGUACUAGGAUGUGUGGACGGGAGUCUGGUAGCUAUCGUUCGCCCCAAGAAGCUCGGCCCCGGCGAAACAGAAUCCUACUGGAGCCGUAAAGGGUAUUACGCCCUGAACUGCAUGGUCGUGUGCGACGCGAACCUCAAAAUCCUGGCAAUUGACCCACGGUUUCCGGGAUCGUGCCACGACUCUUUCGUCUGGAGGCAUUCAGCGUUUCGCCGCCACCUCACUCGUGGCCUGUUACUGCAUGGAGAAGUCUUGCUUGGGGACUCUGGGUACCCGCUAGAGCCAUGGCUCAUGACUCCUGUGCCUGGUCACCCAAAUCGCCUCACGGCAGAGGGGCGCUAUAAUGAGGCACACGCAUCAAUGCGAAAUGUCGUUGAGCGGUGCAUAGGAGUCCUCAAGAGCCGCUUCCGAUGCCUGCAGAGGUAUCGGGUACUUCACUACUCGCCUCAGAAAGCAGCCACUAUUGUUGCAGCUUGUGCAUCGCUGCAUAACCUCUGCCUUGCAGCAGGCGUGCCUCUGCCAGACGACCCAGAUGACGACGAUGCACAUGAUGACAGCGCACAGGGGCCAGCCCAGGCACAAGUGCCACUUCAAGUACAGGUACCACCACAGGCGCACCCUGUACAGCCUUCUCGAGCUUUGUUUCAAGGAGGCCGUGCGGUGCGCGAAUCCAUAGUUGGUGUGUUUCGGCUGCCCAGAAAUUUGCGCAUUGCCUACCUUCAAAGUGUGCGCCGGCGCAUUCGCUGGCAAAUGAGGCGGAGACAUGUGCUGGUGUAACAUGUUUUAUUUUUUUUUUCAUGAAGUAAAUAGGCUGUGCACUUCAACAUAACACAUUGUGUGUGCUCACAUGUGGCUAAUCGUAGUAUGCCGGAUAGAAAGAGGGAUAGUAUCGUGGUAUCGGAUAGAAAGAGGGGGUGGAGUGGCAAUAAUGGUCAAAAGCGGUAUAGUAUUUUCUGUUUUAGAUGGUCCAAGUAACAUUGAAUCAGUAUGGAUAAAAGUUAGGUUAAAUAACCGCUCGGUGAUAGUAGGUGGUGUGUACAGAGCCCCAAACUCCCUUGUAGACAUGCUUGUUAGCUUAAGAAAUUUCAUGGACAGGAAUUUAAAACAGGAUGACUCAAUCCUACUUCUAGGUGAUUUUAACUUAUUUUUUGUAUUUAUUUAUCUCACAAUACUGCAGGCCAGAUCGGCCCAAGCAGGAGGGGCAUGAAAACAUAAAUCGUGACAGCACGCAUAUGCAAAAAAAAAAGAUUACAUUGCAUGUAACGUACAAGAGAAUAAAAAAUGAACAAUGACAGAGCACAAACUAAAAACAAUGAACAUUGAAACUGCUUACUUUCUAUUGAAGAAAUAAAGUUUGAAGGGCCUGUUGUACGUCAGGAGAGCGAAAAAUCGAUUCAGGAAGCGCGUUCCAAUCAGCUAUUGUUUGAGGAAAAAAACUGCGCUUAAAUGAGUUUGUUUUAGCAAAUAUAGGCUGUAAUGCGUGUUCGCUAUAAUGUCGGGUCCUUCGGGUUGUGGAGUGCCUGAGGAAUGAGGGGCGAGCAAUGUUAAGCUUUCCUGCCAAAAUUUUAUGAAGGAAAGAAACGCGGCUAAGUUGUCUACGUGUACUAAGCAACGGGAUAUUAUUGUCCUUCAUAAGUUGUGUUGGGGAGUCUGACCUUCUGUAUUUAUGAAAAACAAAACGUACUGCCUUUCUCUGAAUAAGCUCUAAUUGAUAGAUGUCUUUCUUAGUGUGGGGGUCCCAAAUUACGGACGAGUAUUCAAGUUUGGACCUGAUGAAAGCUUUAUAAGACAAGAGCUUAAUAUGGCUAGGAGUAUGUUUUAAUUUUCGUCUCAAGAAACAGAGCUUCGAGAAUGCAGUUGAACAGAUCUCAGAAAUAUGAGUGCCCCAGGUUAAUCGGUUGUUAAGAGUUAUUCCUAGGUAUUUAUACUGUGAGACCUCUCUAAUGUGACUGUUGUGGAGGCAGUAUUGGUAACAGCUAAUAUUUCUUUUUCGCGUAACUCGGAGAAGUACACUUUUAUCAAUGUGUAAAUCCAUGUUCCAUUCUUCACACCAGUUACAUAUUUUAAGGAAAGAUUGUUGGAGCAAUUUAUGGUCUUCUAUUGAUGUUAUUUCUUUAUAUACAACGCAGUCAUCUGCGAACAAUUUUACUGACACUGACCGCGGAAUUACAUUUAUUAAAUCAUUUAUAUAUAUUAAGAACAGCAGAGGUCCCAACACACUACCUUGCGGAACACCGGAAGUAACUGCAAGCGAUUCAAAAAGGGUGCCAUUCUCAUCAACAGACUACGCUCUACCACUUAAGUAUGCUACGACUCAUUCUACAAGAUACAGCGGAAGACCAAUCAACUGCAAUUUAUAAAGAAGCUUUGAAUGCGGUACCUUGUCAAAAGCUUUCGCCAUAUCAAGAAAAAAACAUCGAUCUGUCCCGAGUUAUCCAGUAUGCUGAGAAAGUCAUGAACCGUCGUAAUUAUUCGAGUAGUGGUUGACAUGCCCUUCCUGAAACCAUGCUGAAAAGGUGAUAGGAUGUCUUUUUCCUUUAAAAAGUCAUUUAUAAAGCGGGCCACGAUGUGCUCUAGGAGUUUGCAGGAUGUAGAAAUAAUUGAUACCGGUCGGUAAUUAGUCACGAGUAGCUUAUCCCCUUUUUUAUAGAUCGGUACAACACGAGCCUUCCUCCAAUCCUUAGGUAACUCACUGGUUUGCAGAGAUAAAGUGAAAAUUUUAGCAAGGUGCUCCGAGAUAUGGUCGGCAUAACGCUUUAAAAAAGCAUUUGGAAUGCCAUCAAGACCAUGACCUUUCCGAAUAUUUAUUUUACGAAGCAGCGACAAAACCCUUUCUGUGGUAAUGACAGGAACCUCGCUAGGAUCGAUGGAUUGUUUCGGUGCAUCAAAAACCAUAUCUGAAAGGCCCCCAAAAACAGUUUGAAAGUAUCCAUUGAAGAGCUGAGCUAUUUCCUUCCCGUUGGUAACGAGGCUCCCAUCAUCACUUUUAAUUUCUUUUAUGACCUCUUUUUGAUGGCCAAGGUAAUUCCAAAACUUGCAGGGAUCUGUUAUUAUGAAUGAAGGAAGAGUAACCCUAAAAUAAUGCGAUUUUGAAGUGGACAGUUUCUGUGCUAAUUCAUGUUUUAAAUUCAGCAAAUACUGAGGAGAUGUAGAAUGAUGUCGCCUAAGACGUUGAAGUCUCCGCUUCAAAUGAGUAAUAUCACGACUCACCCAAGGGUUACGACGCUUAUUUCUCACUCUCCGUUGAGGUACAAAAUUUGCGAUAGAAAAUAAUAUGCCUUCCUUGCCCGGAAUUGACUGGAAUACGCGCUCCUUUAGUCAAACGGAUAGCCUAGCUGUGAAGAACUAAUUGAGCUUGCAUUUUGUUAUAACCUAACUCAAGUUGUAGAAGGUUACACCAGAGUAUGCGAAACAUCAUCAUCACUUCUAGACCUAGUCUUUAUAUCCUCAGAACUGCUACCACAUCUUUGUGAUUGCGAACCCUGCGAAGGUAUAUCAGAUCACAAAAUUGUAAUAAUGGUUUUAGAUAUGGUGCCAGAUCGUUCGCAUAGUAAACGUAAGACGUUUCUAAACUUUGCUGCCGCUGACGACGUUGGCGUGUUGGAAUGCCUCGGGGGUUCAUUUGAUGAUGUUAUGCAUCUUGCCAAUAAUGGUGCUACCAUAGACAAAUUAUGGGCCUACUUUUCAAACAUGGUGGAACAUUGUAUUACACACUUUAUUCCCAAGCUUUCAAAAUGUACAAGGAAGAAGAAUCCCUGGAUAACAAAAGAAAUCGUACACAUGAAGUGGAAAUUAAAAAGAAAACAGAGGGCAAACAGGAUUGAGUCUGUUCCUGGCAAUAGCAGUACCAUUAGCCAAAUGAGUAAGCAACUCAAGCAUCUUGUCAAGGUAGCUAAGGACAAGUUCUACAAUGUAACACUAAAAAAAUUUUUAAUAGAGGCACCUACCAAAUUUUGGCGCUAUGUUAUUCCUUCGAAGCCUCGAAAAAAUGGAGACAAAAAUAAUGCAGAGAGAGCUGAGAACCUCAACACGUUUUUUCAUUUGUCUUCGCUUCUGACGACGGCUUGUCACCAAAAGUAGCAGACGCACCUGGCUGCCCUCCAGUUCAAGACUUAGAAGUCACAGAGCAAGGAGUGCUUAACUUGCUGCUUCAAUUGUCUGUAAAGAAAAGCCCAGGCCCUGAUGGAAUCCCCAAUGAAUUCCUGCUUAGAUAUGCAGAGUGGGUUGCCAAAUACCUCACAAAAAUUUCUCAAAUAUCCAUUACCUCGAGUUCUUUCCCGUCCAUUUGAAAAUAUGCCAAAGUUAUUCCGGUCCAUAAGAGUGGUUCUACAUCGGUUGUCAAUAAUUUCCGACCAAUUUCUCUCCUUUGUACAUGUUCUAAGUUGCUUGAGCAUAUUGUAUUUAAGUGCCUUAUGGAAUAUCUUGAACACAAUAACAUACUUCAUCCUUCUCAACAUAGGUUCCGAAAAGGCCUUUCUACAAUCACCCAGCACAUAGAAACCGUUCACGAUCUUUCCGAGGGAAUAAACAGCCGUGGCCAAACUGACAUAUUGUUCUUGGACUUUUCAAAAGCAUUCGAUAAGGUAUCCUAUCCAAAUUGCUGCUAAAGAUUAAUGCUAUAUUCAGGAAUUCCAAAAUAACACACUGGUUUUCUUCCUAUCUCUCCUCCCGUAAACAGUUUGUACACCUCAAAGGUUUUCAAUCGUCGUCUUCCCCUGUGGUUUCAGGUGUUCCACAGGGAAGUGUCUUGGGCCCCCUUUUAUUUUUGGUUUUCAUAAAUGACCUCCCAAACGCUAUCUCGGUCCCAAUCAGACUUUUCGCUGACAACUGUGUCGUAUACAAAACAAUUAGGACCACAACUGAUCAAGAACUGAAUGCUAAUCUGCAUGCAAUAGAACAUUGGUGCGCUAAGUGGCAGAUGGUGCUUAACUCUGACAAAUCCGUAAUUAUGUCUGUUACUAGAAAGAAAAAUAUAAUGAUAUACCGUUAUUCCAUUGCAGGUAAACCAGUUAAUAGAGUACAUCAGCAUAAGUAUCUCGGCUUAGCCUUCACUUCUGACCUAUACUAGAAUACACACUUAGACAAUGUGUGCGCAAAGCAAUUUGGGCACUAAGACGCAAAAUCCGUAAUGCAACUCCCGAUGUAAAAACACUCACUUAUAGCACCCUUGUAAAACCUGUAAUUGAAUAUGGCAAAAUUGUUUGGGAUCCUUACACUGCGUCUAAUAAAUUAAAAAUUGAGAAAGUUCAGAAACUUGCUUCCCGUUUUAUUUUCAAUAAAUAUCGCCAAACUGAUUCACCAACCGAAUUAUGUAAAUUAGCAAACCUUAAAAGUUAGGAAUACUGCACUAAGGUAGAUAGGCUGAAGUUUCGUUACCUUUUAAUUCAUGGCCACUUGCAUAUGAACACAUCACCAUAUUUUACAAUACACCCUAAUGAGACAUCAAGACAUCGCCAUUCCAUGUACAUUCCUGUGCCGCGUUCUUAUAACGAUUGUUGUAAGUACAGUUUUUUUCCUCGUGUUAUUAAAGAAUGGAACAUGCUGUCCGAUUCCAUUGUAAAUAUUAACUCCCUCGAUGCCUUUCUAGAAUGUCUGAAAUCUUACCUGGACCGUAGUACACCAAUGUAAUAGUUGUGCCUCAGCACUUGCAUGCGUUUUCUUAUCUACUGUUUGAUUUUUCCUUUGUCUUUUGUGUCAAUAUCGUAGUUGUGAAAUGUACAUUGUUUAGAAUGUGAAUUUAUUAGAUUUUCCACUCCUGUAAUAGCCUGAGAAAGGCUGACAGCAUCAAUAAAUGAAUGAAUGAAA